CGCAGAUGGCGUUUGUGGAGACUCUGUUGUCUCCACUCAAGGACGGGUAUGAGUACCUGCGUCAGCGUCGCACCACUCUCGCCGCGGUUGCCUGCUGCAUCGGAUUCCUGCUCGGCAUACCGCUCACUAUGCAGGGAGGCUUCUACAUGCUGACUGCUAUCGACACCGAAGUGACUGGCAACUUGAUUCGAUGGAUCGCGCUCUUCGAGAUCGGCUACAUGGCUAUUGGCUACGGUCAGUUCCUGUGA